UCCUCCUCCUCCUCCCGUCCUCGAGGCACCCUGGCAGCGGGGCGGGCAGGUAGGUAGGUCUGGGGCUCCGCUGGGCAGGCUGGCAGUCAGUGAGAAUCCUCCGUGAGGGUAGGACGUACGCUCGCUUCUCCUCCUCCUGAAGCCCACAUGCGAUCCAAGAUGGGAGGCCAAUCCAACGGCAACUGGACCCCCACCAAGCGGCGCGGACCCAUCGCGGCCGAGUUCUCGAGCCCCGGCCCGGCAGCCAUCGCCCUCAAGUCCUCCAUCGGGACCGGCGGUGCUGCAGUGUCGCGCCACCGAGCCCCCGCCUUCACCAUGGCCAGCCGGCACGAGAUGAAGCUGGACAAGGCGGGACCCGGGCCAGGCCAGUACAACGUGACGGGGCUGUCCAACAAAGCAGGCAAGGACGAACCCGUGGCGGCCUCCAUGCACAUCCGGCCCAAGGACCCCAAGAUGUACGUCACGCCCGCGCCCUGCGACUACUCCCCCGACAAGGCUGAGGCCAAGGUGGUGGAGUCCUCGCCCUGCUUCUCCUUCGGCAUCAAGGUGGAGAACGGCCGAGCCUCCGACGCCCCUGCCCCCAACAGUUACAACAUCCCCUCGCUGCUGGGGUCGACGAAGGAAGGCUCCAAGCACUCCGCGCCCAGCUUCACCAUGUCAGCGAGGGCGCGGGAGGAGGAGGACAAGAUGAAGGUUCCCGGUCCUGGCAGCUACAACGAGGCCAUGGUGGACAAGUACAAGACCAUCAAGAGCCCGAGCUUCAGCAUGGGCCAGCGCACCACCAUUCCCUCUGACCACACCAUGAAGCCCGGCCCAGGUGCCCACUGCCCCGAGAAGUACAACGACCAUGGGCCAGCUUUCACCAUGGCCCCGAGGCUGGAAGACGGCGGGGACAAGAUGAAGGUGCCUGGCCCUGGCGCAUACGAGGCUGGCGACCUGAACAUGUGCCGAGAGAAGCUCCCCGCCUUCACCAUGGCCCCCAGGACCACCCUCCCCGGAGAUAACACCCCGAGGCCCGCCCCUAAUGCCUAUGCUCCCGAAAAGUACCACGACUCCGGCCCAUGCUUCACCAUGGCUCAGAGGCUGGAUGACGGCGGGGACAAGAUGAAGGUGCCUGGCCCUGGCGCAUACGAGGCUGGCGACCUGGACAUGUGCCGAGAGAAGCUCCCCGCCUUCACCAUGGCCCCCAGGACCAACCUCCCCGGAGACAAAACCCCGAGGCCCGCCCCCAACGCCUAUGCUCCCGAAAAGUACCACGACCCAGGCCCAUGCUUCACCAUGGCUCAGAGGUUGGAUGAUGGCGGGGACAAGAUGAAGGUGCCUGGCCCUGGCGCAUACGAGGCUGGCGACCUGGACAAGUGCCGAGAGAAGCUCCCCGCCUUCACCAUGGCACCCAGGACCACCCUCCCCGGAGACAACACCCCGAAGCCCGCCCCGAAUGCCUAUGCUCCUGAAAAGUACGCGCCGUCUGGUCCUAAGUUCACCAUGGCUCCGAGACCACACGAAGAGACGGACAAGAUGAAGGUGCCGGGCCCGGGGACGUACGAAGCGGGGAACCUGGACAAGAGCCGCGUCAGCCAGCCAGCGUUCACCAUGGCUCCCAAAACCACCCUGCCCACCGACAAAACCGUAAAGCCCGCCCCGAACGCCUACUCUCCCGACAUGGCUGAGUCGUCGGAGAUCCAGACCACCCCACACUUCAGCUUCGGCAUCAAGCACUCGCAGUACCUGGGGAAGCUUCGUGACCAGUAAUAAGCCCGCCCUGACCACCCCGGCCCAACCCAGCCCUCUCGAACAUCGUCACCCCGACCAGCCCAACCCAGCCCUAUCGAACACCCUCACCCCGACCAGCCCAACCCAGCCCUAUCGAACACCCUCAUCCCGACCAGCCCAACACAACCCAGCCCUCUCGAACACCCUCACCCCGACCAGCCCAACCCAGCCCUAUCGAACACCCUCACCCCGACCAGCCCAGCACAACCCAGCCCUCUCGAACACCCUCACCCCGACCAGCCCAACUCAGCCCUAUUGAACACCCUCACCCCGACCGCCCCAACCCAGCCCUAUCGAACAUCCUCACCCCGAUCAACUCAGUCCAAUUCAGCCCAUUCGAAUCCUGCUAUGGUCCAGCCCAGCCCAACACAACGAUACCCAGUCCAGCCUGCCCCCUUCUGGUUCAACAGUGUUCAGUUCAACCCAACUACAGCCCACUCCAGCCACGUCGAACCCACCACUCAAGCCCAACUCAGCCCUAAGCCCACGAAGCCUUCCCUGUCUUUCCCCCGUCCCCCUCAUCGCAGCCUAACUUUUUUUUAUCACAUUUAAAAACAGAAAGCAGGUUAGAGAGAAAAAAGAAUGUGAUUUACUUAUUUAUUCAUCAGUUCCCAUAUAAAGUAACGUCCAUUUUAUCCCGCGGACUAACGAAAUAGAUAAAAAAAAAAAGUAGUACUGAUGUAUUGAAGAACAGAAAAAAUGAAUUAACUGUCGGCGAGCUGCGUGC